AGAAGAGCACUUGUUCUUUGACUGACCUGAACCACGCCUCUGUUUGUCAUUUGGCAAUCGCAAGCGGAAGACCACCAGCACAGUACAGUAGAUGCAGAUGGAGAUGGCUCCACUUGCUCUCAAUGCCAAAGUGGACGCGUUAUCACUGGGCGGUGAUGAAAGUCUCCGCUCCGCGCAAUUCUUAUCUUCCGUAUCUAAAACAACGGCUAAUUCCACACCAACGACGCCUAAUGAACCGAAACCUGUGGAGACCAAGAGAGCGAGUAAGGACAAGAAAAUCUUUCGUUGUACGUUCCCCGGAUGUGGCCGCGAGUUCCAACUCAAGGGUAAUUUAAAGCGGCACGUGAAUAUUCACAACGGGGACAAGAAGUUCGCCUGCAAAUUUUGCGGUAAGAAAUUCCUGCGCAAAGCGGACAUGGAGGUGCACUACCGUGUACACACGGGCGAGAAGCCCUACCGCUGCAAAUACGAGGAGUGCGGCAAAUGCUUCGCACGUCGCUCGGACUUGUUGAGCCACGAACGCACUCACACAGGCAGAAAGCCCUUUGCGUGCGCCUUCCCUGGCUGUGACCGCAGUUUUGCGCGUAAAUUCGACCUCCACAAACACCAGCGCCUUCAUGAAGACCAGACCGACGCCUCUGGGAAGUCCAAGACCAAGAAACGCAAGCUUUCUCCUGCUAUUACGGCGUCCGUGAAUAAGAAAAUCGACUCGGGAGAUGAGAGCUGCGACUGUCCGAGCGACGUCACUAACCCUCUGGUUACGACCACCAGUACGGCCAUGAACCCGGACGUGCUACUACCGGAACCGCCAGUUAUGAAGGCCCCUCUGCCUAUCACAACGACGUGUAUGACCAAUCGCCGUAAAAUGUCCGCAACUGCUGCGUGUGUGAACACCCCCACACGACCGAUACGUUACGAGUUGAAAUGUCCGGAGAACCACAUUCACUCGCCACCGGCAUGUCUUGCGGCGCUCUCGUCGUUGGACGCGUUUUUGAUGUCGCAGGAGACGCUUCCGUUCUCUCUGGACGCAUUUCCUCCUCACUGCCCCUCGACAACGAUCGGAACUAGUUGCUGCCCGGCGCAUCUCGAGCUGAGACCUCCUCCACCUGAUGAUACCACGGCCACUGGAGCCAAGAUAUCGAGUGGAUCCGACAUGAUCGACCAUCUCUUGACGCCGAAUCCAGCUGUGCUAGGUGGUAUGACUACUGCUGGCGAUCUUCUGACGAACUCGACGCUACCUCAAUCAGUGGGGGGCAGUUCGAUGGGCCAAACGUUCCCUGAACCGAGCUUGUCUUUCACUACACCGGAUACCAGUGGACCGGGUAGCUUGCUGUCGAGCUCGGUUAACCCAGUUAACGGGAUUGAUUCCGUGAGCACAGCGCCUUCUAACGCUCAGGCUAAACCUGCUACCGAGAAGGCUUGUUUGUCAACUCCGACGUCGUCGUUGCUGGACUAUUCGCGUCACAAUCGCUCCUGUGGACAUUUGUCCAUCCAGCACGGGAACCACCGCGACUAUGUGGUGCAGAACCAUCUCGUGUGUCAAGACAGCGUCACAAAUCUAGGUGCUCUACAGCGCGGACCCGCUAAAACUGCAGCUAAAACUGUAACUACGCAGCCUGUCAAGUGCUCGUCUCCUAGAGAUACCCAUCGUCCAGGCUGUGGUCACCUCCCUGUGCGUCACAAAGACCACAUCGACUACGUCGUGGAGGACAAUUUGAUCUGCCAACAGGCCAGUUGGCUCGAGGACGACAACCUGGAGUUGCUUGGUGACGAUUUCUGGGACUUCUACGGAGCUAUCGACGCCUUCCCCACUAAGUAGUCAAACACAGGAUAAGUCAGUGCCGCCAUCCUGCUCUUAAGCUGACAAAUACUGCUUUAUUUGUGUCAAAGCAACUUUAUCCUGAUCCACACACGUU